AUGUUGCCGUGGUUGAUGACCGCGUGCAUCUACCCGUGUGUUGUAGGCCCGGAUUUCUGGGGUCUGGUGAAUCGAGACUGGCGAAUGUGUACGGCUGGUCAGAUGCAAAGUCCUGUAAACAUCGAUCCAGCACAGCUCCUUUUUGAUCCACAUCUUGGUCGAAUAUCGAUUGAUGACGCAUACGUUGAAGGAACAUUUGAAAACAUUGGACAACUGCCAAUAAUUACGAUAAAUGAAACUCUAUCAAAAACAUCAAUCAAUAUUACAGGAGGGCCUGCUCUACCUUAUAAAUAUCGAUUGCAUCAGAUUUCCAUGCAUUUCGGACAUCCAGAUGGUGAACGAGGCUCAGAGCAUACUGUAGAUCGUGUGCGCUUCCCUGCAGAGGUGCAGCUUCUGGCCUAUAAUAUCGAUUUGUACACAAAUUACAGUCAAGCAGUUACUCAGCCUCGUGGAUUAUUGGCUAUCUCUGUAAUUAUCGAUAUCGGAAGCAUUACUGAGGUGGCUCUGCGACGAUUGACCGUUGCAUCACAAAGUAUCACUUACAAAGGUAUGAAAACGACUUUGCGACAAUUGCACCCAGCUGGUUUACUACCUCGAACAAAUCAUUAUGUCACGUAUGAGGGAUCUCUGACUAUUCCUGGCUGCCAUGAGACUGUCACUUGGGUCAUUAUGAACAAUCCGAUCUACAUUACUAGAGAAGACCUCCAAAUAUGGAACGAACUUCAAAAAACAGAAACAAAACAAGCAGACCCGGCCUAUAUGACACCAGCAUAUCGACCUCUCAAAGCACUUAAUGGAAGGUUGCUUCGAACAAAUAUCAAUAUAAAUUAUAAGCAAACCUCCGCUCCCACAUGCUCUUCGAACAUCUACACAGAAAUGGGCUAUCGUUCGAAUCCCGCACGAGCUCGACAUAAUCACACUUGCUCCAAUGCCGGCGGCUUAAUAUGGAAGCUGCUAAACUCUAUUGCCAAUAGACUCAUUUUUUGUAUAUAUUCCUGA